AGCUUAGCCAUUUCAUUGAAUUUAGGUGGUUAGAUUCCGCGGUGCCAGCUAGCCUUUUCAUGUGGAAAAUAGCGUUGCUUUCACACUUGCAUAAUAGUUUUUUUUAUCCCUUUUCACAGCUUCUUUUGCUUCCCCUAACUUCCUCAUCUGUUCUUCACUUUUGUGAACUUCAACUUGUCCCACCCCACUUUGCUUCUUUCUCUGCUCACUGUGUUCUUCUUCAUGGGUUGCUGUUUUAGUGCCAGAAUCAAAGCUGAGAGCCCUCCACGCAAUGUUGUGUGGAAAAUAAGAUGGGUGCUUGUUUUGGCUGCUCCAGAAAUGGACUGAGUUCCAAGGAUGGUUGCAGAUCGGAGGAUUGCUUGAAUGGUGCAAGCAGCAGCAGCAAGGUCUCCAUUCCCUCGAUGCCUCCAACUCCUCGGACCGAGGGUGAGAUCUUGAAGUCCUCCAAUAUGAAGAGCUUCACCUUUGGUGAGCUUAAAACCUCGACAAGGAACUUUCGUCCCGAUAGUAUGGUCGGCGAAGGUGGGUUUGGUUGUGUAUAUAAGGGCUGGAUAGAUGAGCAGUCACUUGCCCCAGCUAGACCGGGAACUGGAAUGGUCAUUGCUGUAAAGAGGCUUAACCAAGAAGGUUUGCAGGGACACAGUGAAUGGCUGACAGAAAUCAACUACCUGGGGCAGCUGCAUCAUCCUAAUCUUGUGAGACUGGUUGGUUACUGCGUAGAGGAUGACCAACGGCUUUUGGUAUAUGAAUUUUUAACCAAGGGGAGUUUGGACAAUCAUUUAUUUAGGAGGGGUUCUUACUUUCAACCUCUUUCUUGGAGCAUCCGCAUGAAGGUUGCUCUUGAUGCUGCUAAGGGUCUUGCAUAUCUUCACAGUGAUGAAGCAAAAGUGAUAUAUCGAGACUUCAAAACUUCAAAUAUAUUGCUUGAUUCGAAUUAUCGCGCAAAACUUUCUGAUUUUGGCUUGGCAAAGGAUGGACCAGUGGGUGAUAAGAGCCAUGUGUCUACAAGGGUAAUGGGCACAUAUGGCUAUGCUGCUCCUGAAUAUAUGGCCACAGGUCACUUGACCAAAAAGAGUGAUGUAUACAGCUUUGGAGUUGUUCUCCUUGAAAUCAUGUCCGGCAAACGAGCCCUUGACCAGAACAGACCAUCCGGGGAGCACAAUUUGAUUGAGUGGGCAAAACCUUACCUCAGCAACAAGCGCAGGAUCUUCCAAGUUAUGGAUGCUCGAAUUGAAGGCCAAUACACAUUACGCGAAGCAAUGAAGGUAGCUAACCUUGCAAUUCAAUGCUUGUCUGUGGAACCAAGAUUCAGACCGAAAAUGGAUGAGGUGGUGAGUGUGUUGGAGGAACUUCAGGGUUCUCAUGAUGACACAGCUGGAGGAGUGGGAACUUCUAGAGAUCAGCGUGCUAAAAGGAAUGUUCAUAGUGGUCCUAAGCAGCAUAGAAGUAAACAAAGUGGAAUAACUGUCCAGUGACAAUGAAAGUAGUGUGGCCAUCUGGUUUUGUUCUUGAUUAGUUGCCAUAUUGUAUAUCAUGAUAAACUUAAGCAUUUGUCUUGAGAUAUCUGAUUGCUGUACAGGUUUUUUGAUUCAGUAAUAUUAAAAUUUUCAUUUUCAUUUUCA